CUCCCUUUUUUCUACCGCUUUCGUAAAAACAGACCACCCCUCUUUUGAAUUUGAAAAUGUCGCACAGCAGAAGCGUCAUUCCUCUCCUCACAAACCCCUACCGUAAAACUUAGCCAAAAGAUUGAGCUUUGUCCCGAGGUUUGUCUAUGCCAGAGUACGUCUCAAGAAUGGGGUCAGAUCUGGGUGCUCGGAAGUGUGCACGGUGGGGAAGGGUUUCGAGGUUUUUUUCUGUCGGAGCAGGGAGCUCGAGAGCUUCAUGACCGAGACUGGUGUUGUUGCCAAAGGCCGACUGUUGUUGCUUGCUUGUCCAGAUACAGAUGAGGAGCAGAGAUCGAGGACUGUUAGGGGGAGUUGUGAGUAUGAGGGCGGCUUGCGCUGGUGGGACAUGUCCUUGCAUGUGGAUUUGUGUGUUCUUUGGUGUUCUUUUGUGGGGUCCUCUGGCAGUGAAUUUCACAUAACCUCGUUUUCUCGAAUUUUUGGGGGUAUCACUGGAGUGUAACUGCGGGAGUUUGGGUAGUCUAGGUGUGGGGAAGUGCAGGACCGAUGACGUUGAGGGUCGCUGCGUAGGAAUUUAGGAUUCUCUUCAAUUUGCUGAGUUUGGCUUAAUGAUAUCUUGGUUUGAGGAUGUCUAAUUCGGUUUGUCGUAGAGGAUCAUUUUGGGGAGUGCCUACGCGUAUUUCAAACGUUGAGCUUGUGUAGUACACUAGAUACAGUUUUAGUGGUACUUGAAGUUAAAUGCGCGGAGGUAGUCGGAGCGAGAGAGAAAGAGAGAGAUCCGGAGUUUCGCUGAUGUUCACAGCCAUUUUCAACAGCCGUGUCCUUAGUUUGGUUACUUUUUUGGAAGGUUUAAAUCAUUUGGGGAAAAGCCAGGUCUUGGAUUUGCAGGAGCUCUGUGUUCUUGUGGCAGCUACGACUUUGGAGGAUUGCGUUUAUGCGUGUGGCGCUUUUUUUCUUCCAUGAGACAAGACCAAGCAGGGUUCAGCAGGUCAAGUGAAUGGCAGGAACUGCAGCCUCCUCGCCCCCCGCUUCUGGAUCAGCUCCUAGUGCUACUUCACCCUCUUCUAAUGGUUCCUUAUCGAUCGGAGUGAUCAUUGGGAUCUCUAUUGGAGUUUUCAUAGGAGUAAUUAUAGCCUCCUGCGUAGUGUUGUGCCUUGGAUGUCGGAGGAAACGACUAAAGAAAAGAGGGAGCUCACGCCGGGGCUUUGUAUUGCCGAUACGCGUCAAUGGCGUUAAUUCUAGCACUAUCAUGUCUGAUUCCGUUUCCUCUCCUCCAGCUAAUGUUGCUAGCAAGGGUAACUCUUGGUGGGGAGGCCAGGAAAAACAGCUUAUUCCAUCCUCACUGGGGGUAACAAAGUUCACUUACAAGGAGCUUCACAAGGCGACAUCGAACUUCACUGCCCUCGUAGGACAAGGCGCGUUUGGUCCAGUUUAUAAAGCUGUGCUGCAGUCCACUGGAACUACUCUCGCGGUCAAAGUUUUGGCUGAACAGUCAAAACAAGGGGAUAAAGAAUUUCAGAACGAGGUGAUGCUUCUUGGACGGUUGCAUCAUCGCAAUUUAGUUAACUUGGUGGGGUAUUGUGAAGAAAAGAAUCAGAGGAUAUUAGUGUAUGAAUACAUGCAUAACGGCAGUCUUCAGCAAAAGCUACUUGAUCAGAACAGUGAACCUUUGAGUUGGGACCAACGGGUGCUUAUAGCUCAAGACAUUUCUAGAGGGCUCGAAUAUCUUCAUGAAGGAGCCACUCCACCUGUUGUUCAUCGCGAUAUCAAAUCUGCAAAUAUUCUGUUGGACGCGACCAUGACUGCUAGGGUUGCAGACUUUGGACUUUCAAAGGCGACAGACUCACCGAAUAUAGUUUCAGGCGUGAAGGGAACAUUUGGAUAUGUUGACCCUGAGUACAUGUCUACAAACUCCUUCACUGAAAAGAGUGAUGUGUAUAGCUUUGGCGUUCUUCUUUUUGAGCUAAUCACUGCUCGUAACCCCCAACAAGGGUUACUGGACUACGUACACCUAGCAGCAAUGGGUAUGGAAACCAAGGAGGAUUGGGCAGAAAUAAUGGAUUCACGAAUGAGUGGAAAUUGUAAUCUUGAAGAACUGGGUGACAUGGCAAACAUAGCUUACAAAUGCGUUGGACCCAUGGGGGCACGGAGACCAAAAAUGCGUGCUGUAGCACAAAAUUUAUGUAAUCUCGGCAAAAGGCGUUCUAAGGAGCAGGUAAUCAUGCCCGUGAUGAAGCAAGAUCUACCGCCUGCUAGAUCCUUGCCUGUUGGGGAAAGGAGUAAACCAGUGAGGUCCAAAAAGGAUGCAGGUAUCCCACCCCUUUCUCCCCCCAGGGGUUAUAACCAAUAUGAUCCAGGAUCUGAUAUGGUUUAAGAAGCCAAUUUUGGAGCAUGUGCUGUUUAAUGUAAGCGGCUUUUUCCACGAAGGAAUGUAAUUUAGUAGCGUGCACAACGUGCACCACGCAAAGGAAACUUUUGAUGAGCAUUGAGAUUAUAUAAAUAUUUAACUGUACAUGUCAGGAUCUGCACAUCUCAGCAUCAGUGCUUAUUCCAUCUAUGUUCUAUUCUGUAGAAAUAGUCCAUUUCUGCUUGUAUUUAUGGGAAGCUGUCCUGGAGAUAGGUAGGAAGGCCUUUCAGUACUUGCUGGCCGGAUGCCUUCGAAAGAGAUGUCACAUUUUCUAAGUCCAUUGAUGUAACAAUUUACGUCAACGUUCUGCUCAUUCUUAAAUCUUCUCCUAUAUA